AAACACGUAGUAAACAGAAAAAAGCAAUUGGAUCGAAAAAUCGCAAAUUGCAACAAUAACGGGGCACUCGCGUGUGCAAAUAUUAGCGCAAUUCGUCGGCAGCGUGAGAAGUGGGCGUUAAAAUCGGUGGGAGGUCGUCUUCGCCACCCGCUGCCACUUUCUCCCUGUCUCUCGCCAUCUCGCUCGCUCUGUUUUGAAAGGCCUGCCAUGCGUGUAUGUGUGUGUGAGUUGGGGCUCCAAAUGCGUGUGUGUGUUGGUGCGGUGGAGUAACUGUAACGGUUGCAGUUGCAUUUACCGUUGCGAAGGAGCGGCGUUCGGUUUCAAGAGAUCGUGCCCGACAUGGAUGACUCGGAAUUCAUGUUCAACGAGAAGCAAUCGAUCCGGGACUCCGGGCGCACCCUGAAGCGCUACGGGAGCACCUGCUGCAACAGCCUCCGGAACAACGAGACCCUCAUCCGGCACAUCGUCGAGAAGACGGACACGCUGCAGGGCAUCGCCCUCAAGUACGGAUGCACGACGGAGCAAAUAAGACGGGCCAACCGCCUCUUCGCCUCGGACAGCCUGUUCUUGCGUCAGUUCCUGCUGGUCCCGGUGGAGAAGAACUCGCCCUACUAUCCCCAGGUGCCUGGAGAUUCGAUAGCCGCCUUCGAUGCCGUGCUGGCCACGCCGCCGGGCACUCCGGAUGCCAAUGGCCAGCGGGAGGCGCACAACAAUGCCAAUAAUCUGAGCCAGAGCAGCAACAGUUUCAUGAAGAGCAACGACAUUAGCAGCAGCAGCAGUAGCAGCAGCAGCAGCAGCAGUGGGAGUAGCAGCAGCUGCAACACAAGUGGCUCCGGUCCCAGUCCCGGAGGAUCGCGGUCCGGCGGCAGCCAGCAGCAGCAGCAACAGCCCCCCCAAAGGCCGUACUCCAUUGCCGGGGAGCUGCUGGUGGUGCAGGCCGGAGACGAAGAUCCAGCGAUGAUGCACGGCCACGGUGGAUGCAGCGGAAAGCAGAGCAAGAGCCUGGACUCGGUGGCCGCGAUGACGCCCGAGGAGGAGAACCGAAAGUGCAUGAACGACUUCCUCAACAAGAUAGACAACACAAUUUCCGAGUCGCGCAAAUAUGUGGAACGCUCCAAGGACCUGGUCAACAGUCAGAGCGACGCGGACAUCUGCAUCAGUGCCACCGCCGACUUCUUCCCGCAGCGCCGUCAUCCGCUGAACAACUCCUACAAGACCAACAACAACGACCGUCCGCCGCAGUACCAGCGGCACAGUUCCACGGGCAGCGGGACCUCCUCGGACACGGCGCACCUGCUGAACACGACGCAGACGCGACGCGUGCAGAACUCGCUGAAGCGACUGGAGAAGCAGCAGGACGACUUCUUCGAGUUGUAGCAUCCGUCUGCGGGUCGGAAUCUAGCCUAAUUUCGCUGAGAGUUAACUUUACAAUUCGUUUUAAUUGCCGCGCAUCGGGGGAGACGACAUAUGUCAGCAUGUUACAUCACACGGAAAUGCCGCACUCUAAAUGUAAUAUAAAUAAUGAUAUAUAUCGACACGUAUGCGCGAUACCUUACCUAUACGAUUAAACAUAAAUGUAACUGAGCUAAAACCUAAACUAAACUAAAAACCUAAACUAAGCGCUGCGCUAUGUAAACCUGUAGUACGAUGACAAGGCAGUUCUGUCCCCCUAUUUUUUUGAUCUUGUGUCAGCCCUGUAUAAUUGCCGCCAAUUUGCUUGCAAGAUCCGAUCUGAUCCGCAUCAAACCGAUCCGGAAGCCUUCUGUCCUCCUGUCCGCCCCUUCCUGCCCCCAUUAUGUUUACUUUUUGUAUGACUCUAGCUUUAAUCACACUGUGUAUAAUUUAGUUAUGAGAAUUAUUAAUGUUAAUUGUAUAUAGUCGCCAGAAGACACAACAAUUCCCCUGGACUGCUCUGACCGCUAAACACGAAAUUGGCCAACUGUUGACGUGUAAUUUUAAUUUAUUCUUUAGCUUUCCAAAGUAUUAAAACGCAACUGAAAAUAAAUACUGUUCUAUAUAAAACUGUAAC